UCCCCAUUUCACAGUUAAAAUUCCCUCCCAAAACCUCAUAUUUUGCUUAAAAUAAAAUGGUCGUAGAACCCUAAAUUGGAAUCGUUAAUUAUGCCUCCAAGAAAAGAACUCUGCAGGAAUUUUCAACGUGGCAGUUGUCGAUAUGGUGAUCAUUGUAAGUUUCUUCAUGACACACCGCCACAAUCACAGUCCAGUCCCUUUGGAUUUGGUACGCAAACUGGCACCCAGUUUCAGCACACAAAUCCACAACAGCAGAAGCCCAAUCCUUUUGGUUUUGGAGUCCAGCAUAAUGCUCAAGUGAGAGGGGCAAAUGAUUUUGGAUCCAGACCAAAUCAAUUCAAGCCUUUUGAAAAUAAAUGGACUCGUUUCUCCCCUUUGAAUACAAAUAGCUCCUCCUCAUUGCGGCAAUCCGAUAGUCAGACUUCUGCACCUAAUCACAAGUGCACAGAUCCCGAGUCUUGCAAACGUCAAAUUAUUGAAGAUUUUGAAAAUGAGAGGCCACUGUGGAAGCUUACUUGUUAUGGGCACAACAAAAACGGUCCAUGUGACAUUGUUGGUGAUAUCAGCUAUGAAGAGUUGCGUGCAUUGGCAUAUGAUGAAGCUAAGCGUGGAUUGAGCUUACAGUCCAUUAUCGAAAGAGAAAGGAGCCUACUAAAUUCCAAAUUGGUUGAAUUUCAAAGCCUUGUACAGAAACCUUAUGCGAUUUCAUCAAAUGCCUCAAUUAGCACUCAAAACUCUGUUGCCGGUGUCAGCCCAAAUACCCCAACGACAAUUCAGAGUGGUAGCCCUCCUUCAGUGUCAACUUUUGGUCAAUUGGGAGCAUCAUUAAACACGUCUAGAAUGUUUGGUGCUGCAUCAAGUUAUACCUUCGGGCAAUCCCAUUCUUUCCAGAACUACAGUCAGGCAUCUAGCACAUUUCAGGGAAAUAAUUCACCUGCAAUAAGUUCUCACCAGAACCCAUUUUCAACGUCAACAAUCUCAUCUCAUAUGCCUACUGCAGCUUAUAACCCGGCUGAAGUUCCUAUGAGUGGGGCUAAUUCUGCCUUGGAUGUGACUAAAAGCAUCCAGUUGAUGAACAACACGCACAGUGGGAACAGUAACAUGGACAAUAGCAUUUGGAUGAAAGCAGAAUGGAAAAUUGGAGAGGUACAUUGACGGGGUAUUCACAUUGGACACAAGGAUACCAGAAGAAGCACCUCCGGAUAAUUGUAUCUACUGACUACUAAUUUUGAUUCUAGCUCGAUGUGUCGACAGUGUCGUAACCAUUACUGUAAGUUUUGUGGCAAUGUUGUUCAUCAGCAGAUUCCAGAUGGUCUUCCAGAUCAUUAUGCUAAAAUUGAUUCUGGGACAGGAAUUGUAAAUCUUGUAAUACAAGAGAGGACAAAGAUUUGUUGUUUCAGCUAGACUUUUUCUUUUUAUAUACACGUUCUCAAUAAUAGAAUAGCAAGCAUGUGAUAUCAUAAUUGUUUCUUGUCAAUGCAUACAUUAAAGACUUCAAUUUUAUUGUCCCCACCUCCACCCCAGCCCCACCAGGGUAUAGGGUGGCUUUGGAGGAAUUGUUAGACUAUUAACCAGUUAUAGAAAUGGAAACUCUGAUGUUUAUUU